CCUGGAAUCAAACAUGCCGAUGGACCAUGCCCUAGUGCUGGAUUGGAACUGCAGCACGGUGGACUGCCUGCUUAUGAAAUGGAUCUGUGACGCGUGCCUACAAGCGACAUCAAGGACCACCAUCGUCGCCGACCAGCAGUCGUAUGCCUUCGACGGGUUCUACUUGUUGUCACACCACUCGUUCUCGCGUCCACCACCAUUUGAAUAUGUACGCGACAACGUCAAGUGCACCGUGACAUUUGAGCGCGUCGCAUUGCCCGUGGAACUCGUGGGACCAAACGUGCGGUUGCGCAUCUCAAGCUUCCAAGACUAUCUCUUGUGGCAACUGCUACGCAUUCCAUGCAGUCAACUGUUCCCGUCAGACUCAACCCCGGAGGAGUGUGCGCCAUUUCACAUUUACCCUCGCUUCGUCGCCACCGAGGACGUGUCUUCGCUCCAGGACGUUCAGCGACUCGGGUUUCUCACGGGAACUCUCCUUUCGAUCGACGUGAUCAUGGACUACCUCGACGCCAGCGCCAUGUGCUCAGCCGAGAUGUUCCUUGCAGAGUACCCGCCGGAAUCGUUGCUGCAUCACGUCGUCGCAUACGAAGACGGCGUCAACCACGUCGGUUGUUUCCGCGUCGACAUCGUCACGCCGCAGCGCCAACUCCUUCACGACGGCGUCGGUGCAAAGUGGAUGGACGGGCUCGGCGCCACCAGUCGGUUCCAAAAAUGGCAGAAGCUUGCACCGGUCGUGCACGAGUCGCCCGAGGUCGCGUCUAUGAUGAAGGUGCUGCAUCCCAACGUGAGCUAUCUCACGGGUUUAAAGUGCGAUGUAUUUGAGAUGGCUUCGGCGAUGCCAAUCGUCUUUCGCUUCCUCAGGCACGUUGUCCAGCUCGAUGCGUUCGAGGCGCGGUGGCACCUGACGUUUGCAGACAAGUCGCUCCUCCGGCAGGCGUUCACCCACGCUUCGUACGUCGACUGCGGCGUGCAGAGUGCCGGCGGCGCCGCGGAAUCCGUCCUCGGUCGCGUGCAGAUGGGCCAUACAUUCUCGACAUCCAACGACCUACCACAAAUGCCAACGACGACGACGUAUAGUUCGCUCCAGGCCACAAGUCUGGGUGUCGGCAACGACGACCUGGCCGCUGGAUCAGCGCGCUAUUCACACUAUUUGUGCUCGUAUGACCGGCUCGCGUUCGUCGGCGACGCCGUCUUGAGCUUCGUCGUGUCCUCCAACAGCUUUUUUCAAUUUCCAGACGUUUCUGAGACCCACCUACGGGAUCUGCGGGCCAAGAUCGUCAAUAACGACACAGUGGGCGACUUGGCCAAGACAUGCCACGUCCACGACCUCAUUUUGACAUCGUUUUCGUUGGCGGCCGUGGACGAGAGUACGUCGACCAUUGUCGCGGCAGACUGCGUCAAGGCUAUUCUCGGCGCCAUCCUCUACGACCAAGGGUGGACGGACGGCGUCGUGACCGCAAGGGCGUUUCUGAGGCAGCUGUUUGUCGUGUACGAUUCAGAGCUGGCGGACUUUAUGUUUCUGCUCAGCCACGACGUUGCCGCCAAAGUCGGGGUGGUGGUAGACUGCCACCGCCACUCGCUUGCAACCCACCCGAAAGCCAGUCAAGAGGUUAGCCGGCACGAGCAAUUCCUCGCGUUAUGUCCGACAAUUCCCAUAGACCGCACCCACUUGUGGCUACAAGCCAUGACCCACAAAUCGUUCCAGGGACUGGCUGUCUCGUCUGAUGAAUACGUGCUGGGCAAAGUCGAUGGCAACUACGAGCGGCUGGAAUUCCUAGGUGAGUCCAUCUUGCACGUCGUAACAUGUCGGGUCUUGAUGGACAUGUUGCCGUUCCACGAGGGGCCAUUGCUGUCGACCGUCCGUGCGUCGCUUGUGAGCACAUCCCGCCUCGCAGCCGUCGGCACGUCGUUGAAUUGCUCGCCAUUCAUUCGAUUCAGGGGCCAUGACGAUGAUGGCAACAUGCCACCGGUCAUAGCCGACGUUUUCCAAGCGUGUUUGGGAGCAAUGUAUCUCGAACAGCUCGACCUGCACGCCAUAGAGCAAUUCCUGCACAAGUGCUUGUUUCCGCUCGUGUCUGACGCGGCGGUGGCCAACCGCGCGGUCCUCGGCCCCAAGCAGCGCUUCCUAGACCAUGUUCGCCAAUGGCCUGACAAAACCCUUGUCUCAUUCGACGACCUCGACCCGCCGGGCGGUGUGCACAUGCAUGCGGUUGGGCUGUCCGUGGACGGCUUCCUCGUCUGUCGGGCCAUGGCGCCGACCAAGGAAAUCGCCGCCAACCAAGCCGCCCUCAAAGCCCUCCAACUCUUUGGCUUGUAA